AUGGCUCAAUACGAUUUCAAGAAGAUCACUGUCGUCCCAACUGGGAACGACUUGAUCGACAUCGUUCUCUCUCGCACUCAGCGCCAGACCCCUACGGUGAUCCACAAGGGGAAUGCAAUUUCCCGCGUCCGCCAGUUCUACAUGCGAAAGGUGAAGUUCACCGAAACCAACUUCACCGAUAAGCUCUCGAAAACCAUUGAGGACUUCCCUCGAGUAGAAGAUAUCCAUCCCUUUUACGGCGACCUCCUCCACGUCCUCUACAACAAGGAUCACUACAAACUCGCACUCGGGCAGCUCAACACAGCGAGAAAUCUCAUCAAGAGGAUACGCGAAGACUAUGUGAAGCUCUUGAAAUAUGGGGACUCACUCUACCGGUGCAAGUCGUUGAAGCGUGCAGCACUUGGCCGAAUGUGUACUGUGACCAAGCGCAUUGGGCCGAGCUUGGCUUACCUCGAACAUGUCAGGCAGCACAUGGCGAGGCUUCCCUCGAUCAACACGGGCGCUCCGACGAUCUUGAUUUGUGGGUGCCCCAAUGUUGGGAAGAGCUCUUUCUUGAACAAGAUCACCAGGGCUGAUGUGGAGGUCCAGCCAUAUGCUUUCACCACGAAAUCGCUCUUUGUGGGGCAUACGGACUACAAGUACCUGAGGUAUCAGGUGAUCGAUACACCGGGGCUCUUGGACAGGCCUCUUGAGGAUAGGAACAUCAUCGAGAUGUGCAGCGUUACAGCUCUCGUGAAUCUCCAUGCCGCUAUCUUGUUCUUCUUGGACCUAUCGGGCUCGUGUGGCUACAGCAUCUCUCAACAAGCAGCAUUAUUCCACAGCAUCAAGAUGAUGUUCAGGAACAACCCUGUGCUCAUUGUCUGCAACAAAACAGAUUUGCAGACCCUGGAAGGACUGAGUGGAGAAGACCUGAAGCUUGUCAUGGAGAUGAAAUCCGCAGCACUGAAGACUAUCCCUGGUCAAGGAGGUGAAGCUGCUAAUGACCAGGAUGUGCUCCUGACCAUGAGCACGAUAACCGACGAAGGCGUGAUGGCAGUAAAGAAUGCAGCUUGCCAGAGGCUGCUGGAUCAGCGAUCGGAGCGUAAGAUGAAAUCCAAGAAGAUGCCUACCGUGUUGAAUCGCUUCCAUGUAGCAAUGCCAAAGCCGCGUGACCAAAAGGAGAGGCCAGUCUGCAUACCCCAAGCAGUUUUGGAAGCCAGAGCAGAAGAGGCAGCACAUGAGGAGAGAAAAACCGAGAAGGAUAUCGAAAAUGAGAAUGGUGGUGCUGGUGUGUACUCUGCCAGCUUGAGGAAGCACUACAUUCUAGCGGAUGACGAUUGGAAGCUGGACAUAUUGCCCGAGUUCCUCGAUGGCCAUAAUGUGUAUGAUUUCAUUGAUCCGGAUAUCUUGCAGAGGGUUGAGGAGCUGGAACGUGAAGAAACAGCAGUAGAGGAAGAUGGUGGUGACUUUGAGAUGGAGGAUGAAGAUUUUACUGCCGAGGCUGAAAAAGACCUGCAAGAAAUCAGGAAGAGGAAGAAGCUGUUGAUCCAAAAGCAUAGGAUCAAGAAGAGCACUGCAGAAAGUCGGCCAACUGUGCCUAGGAAAUUUGACAAGGACAGGAAGUUCACUACUGAGAGAAUGGGAAGGCAGCUGUCAAGCUUGGGGAUCGAUCCUUCUCGUGCUAUCGAACGUGCUAGGAGCAGGUCUGUCUCCAGGAAAGGAAGGAAGAGAGAGAGGUCUGUUGGUGGGGAUGUGUUGUCUCAGCGGCCUCUUGGGGAGGUUGUACCUGGAGAAGGGUUCAAGGACUCUGCUCAGAAGAUGAAAGCUGUUACAAUGGCCAGGAAUGCUACCAAGAAGAGGAACAAGGAUGCUCGGCGUGGUGAGGCAGAUAGAGUUAUCCCGACGCUUAGACCGAAGCACCUGUUCUCUGGGAAGCGCUCCAUCGGGAAAACAGAUCGAAGAUAAUAGGCAUUUAGAGGAAGGGUAUGGAUUCGGCUUGCUGUUUGAGUUUAACUAUCAUUUUGCUGCUGAUUCUGGCCUGGCGUUAUUAGGUGGUAUAGAGGUGUGCUUAUUCAUUUUGUGUUCUCUUUUCUGCUGAGAAAUUGUUCUGGGAGUGAGGCUCUAUCUAUUUAGAUUAGACAUGGUCCUGUUGGUAUUACUUUAAAACUUUAUGGGGAGCAGGGGAGAUUUUGGGUUAACUAUGUUCUCUGAAUUAAAGAAUUGUUCGUGGGUUUUGUUAUGAAGUCGUUCUUCUGUU